CGGCCGAAUGGAGAGAUUCCUCCCGAUUGCCGUCAUGCUCCGGGUCCCGCUGUGCACGCUGCUCCUGCUCCCGGCGCCGCUGCUGCUGGGCGCUGCGCACGGCGUCUAUAAUGUCUCCCGAAGAACGUUUGAGCUCGACUACAGCCGGGACCGCUUCCUCAAGGAUGGACUGCCAUUCCGCUACAUCUCAGGGAGCAUCCACUACUUCCGGAUACCCCGCUUCUACUGGGAGGACCGACUGCUGAAGAUGAAGAUGGCUGGGCUGAAUGCCAUCCAGAUGUAUGUGCCCUGGAACUUUCAUGAACCCCGUCCAGGACAAUACGAGUUUUCUGGGGACCAUGAUGUGGAGUAUUUCAUUCACCUGGCUCACGAACUGGGGCUCCUGGUGAUCCUGAGGCCCGGGCCCUACAUCUGUGCAGAGUGGGACAUGGGAGGCUUACCUGCUUGGCUACUAGAGAAAGAAUCUAUUGUCCUUCGAUCUUCUGACCCGGGCAAUAACAUCACACAGGCUUUCCUAACCCAGAGGAAGUUCGAACCUAGAGGCCCUUUGAUCAACUCUGAGUUCUAUACUGGCUGGCUAGACCACUGGGGUGAACCCCACUCCACCGUAAAGACUGAAAUAGUGGCUGCUUCCCUCUAUGACCUGCUGGCCCGCGGGGCCAGUGUGAACUUGUACAUGUUUAUAGGUGGGACCAAUUUUGCCUAUUGGAAUGGUGCCAACAUGCCCUACGCGGCACAGCCUACCAGCUAUGACUACGAUGCCCCACUGAGUGAGGCCGGGGACCUCACUGAGAAGUAUUUUGCUCUUCGAAAUGUCAUCCAGAAGUUUAAAGAAGUCCCGAAAGGUCCUAUCCCUCCAUCGACACCCAAGUUCGCAUAUGGAAAGGUUGCUCUGAGAAAGUUCAAGGCGGUGGCUGAAGCUCUGGACAUCCUGUGUCCCAACGGACCUGUAAAAAGCCUCUAUCCCUUGACGUUCACCCAGGUAAAACAGUAUUUUGGGUAUGUACUGUACCGAACAACACUUCCUGAAGAUUGCAAUGGCUCGAUGCCCAUCUUCUCUUCAUCCUUCAGUGGUGUCCGCGAUCGUGCGUACGUCUCUGUGGAUGGGGUCCCCCAAGGAAUCCUUGAUCGAGACCCUGAGACAACCCUGUACAUUCAGGGGAAAGCUGGAGCCGUUCUGGACAUUCUGGUGGAGAACAUGGGGCGUGUGAACUAUGGCAGAUACAUAAACGAUUUCAAGGGUUUGAUUUCUAACAUGACCCUCAACCUUAGUAUCCUCACCAACUGGACAAUCUUUCCCCUGGACACUGAGGCUGCAGUACACAGCCAUCUUGGGGGCUGGGAAGCCCAUGGUGAGGGCCGCCGUGAUGGACACCUGACCUUCAGCUCUUCCAACUUCACGCUCCCCACUUUUUAUGUGGGCAACUUCUCCAUUCCCUCAGGCAUCCCAGACCUGCCGCAGGACACCUUCAUCCAGUUUCCUGGGUGGACCAAGGGUCAAGUGUGGAUCAACGGCUUUAACCUUGGUCGAUACUGGCCCGCACGGGGCCCCCAGGUGACCUUGUUUGUGCCGAGGCACAUUCUGACGACUUCGGCCCCAAACAACAUCACGGUGCUGGAGCUGGAGCGUGCACCCUGCAGUGAUGGGACCUCAGAGCUGUGCACCGUGGAGUUCGUGGACAGGCCAGUUAUUGGCAGGUCCCUGGAUAUCAGUGGCCGUUUUCCACUGAUCCGUUUUGAUCAGUCUGGUCAAGACUCGCGACUGAACACACUGUGAUGACCGUGAGCCUCUAGGACCACAGGCCUGCACUGGCUGCAAGGAUCAUCCUUUACUUGCUACAGUGGAUGAUAAAUUUAUGGGAUGUGUGUAUCCUACUGGUAUCUCUACAGCCUCACAUUGCCUGGUCUCCCACUCUUGCGGCCGUCAGGAAGACCGAAGGGAGCGGACCUCACAGGAACACACACACCUGGUGUGCAGCGUUGGAACAAAACUUGAAUAAUGUCCCUUUUGAUUUGAAACAAUCAUGUCUUUCUCCUGAAUAAAAUUUGUACUCAUGUGGUGA